CGAGGGCGGGGUUGGCCCUUGACAGAACACAAACAAACGUCACACGUCGCACAUGCUCGAGAGAUUUCCCCUCGAAAUUUACAAAGGAAAGCUUACUUUGGGCAAACUUCAGCCAUGAUGACAGGAGAGGAGUUGCAAAUGUUUGAUCUAAGCGCAAAACUGCCUGUCCAAGAGUCAGGUAGCUCAUCCUGUGAAAUGGAACGGAAGACAAUCCUGUCCAGAGAGAAUUCCCACAGUGAUGGUGGGUCAACCAAAUAUGGAGCAGCGGAUUAUACAAGACAAGAUGCAGUUCAAGCAGAAGCAGGGAAAAGUCGCAAAAUGAAAAAGCCUCGCCGUAUCCUGCACUUCUCUGAUGGGGUUCUUGAAGAAUAUAGUACGGAAGAUGAGGAGGAGGAAGAGAGUAAGCCUGAUUCUUUAGCUGUGACAGAUCCUAAAGCAUUAACAUGGGGUCCAUGGAUCUAUUACUGGAUGCUGUAUUCAGGCAGCUCAGUGCUUUCAGCUUGUGACUACGUUGGUGAAAGCCUAGCAAAUUUUCUGGGCAUUACAGCACCGAAGUAUCAGUAUGAAAUUGAUGAAUACAAUCGAGCUAUGGAGGAGGAAGCAAAGUUAAAAGAGGAUGAAGAAGCUGAAAUGGCGGGUUGGACAACAACUGGAGAAUUGUCAACAAAUACUGCAAGUGGAGAGACUGUAUCUUCAGACCCAACUGCCCUACAAUCACAGUCACCAACACGCACUCAGGGACAGGAUGUGAUGAGUACAACAAACAAAGAGGAGCAAGUUGAGUGUGACAAUCCGAGUGGAGAAAAACUGUCGACGUUGAGGGGCGCUUCAGCUGCAUGGCAGCGAUACUAGUCUGAUUUCUCACUAAGGACAGUAUAAUUUGAGAGUUUCAUAGAGAAUGAAGCCUUCAGUAUUCGAAAGUUUUUAAGAGGAUAUUAAGGUUGUUUUAAAAGAGUUUUCUAGUCCCUGAAUGAUCAGCACCAACUGCUCUUCAUCAUAAAAUCAUUCCUAGAGAACAUAGAAGAUUUGUAUGUUUUAGAAGCACAGAUCAAAGUUGAUUUUACAUUUGUUCUUAUUUUUAAGUCCGGCAUAGUUCUAGAGAAAAAUUUAUUGACAAAGAUUAUUGUAUACAUUUUUUGAAUGAUUUAAGAUUGAUGGUUUGAUUUUUUCCUUCUAUUUUACACUCUACACAAAGAUAAAAAGACCAGUGAAAUAGAAAGUAGGUAGAGAAGUUCAAACAUUGUAGUAUUAGAUAUCUAUUAAAGUUGAAAAUCAGUACCUGUUUUAUGAUAUCUAUUUCUCAUACUCUCUUUGAUAGGGUUAAGUCCUUUAUUGACCAAUAUAUAAAAUAACAGUCACAUAUGCCCAGACACACAGCCAUACGUACACUCAUAGGUAUUCAGGUACCCACACUCACAUCCACACUCCCAUCUACUUCCAUAUCCAUAUCAGCACCUAAAAUCCAUAGUCAGCUACAUCCACACCAACACUCAUACUUGUAUACCUAUAACCACCACACCCACCCACACAUUCCCAUACUCGGCACUAAAUAGUUACUGUAUUAUUGACAGGUUAUCCAUGAAUAAUUUCCUGCAGUUAGGCAAAUCAACUAAGAGGUUUGGUAUUUUGAAAGCUCUAUAUACAUUGCACCAGAUUUUAUAUAUGAUUGAUGCUUUAUGCAAUAAUGCAUCCCAAAUAUUGUUUGUAAUAAUUACUUUGCAGAAGGCUUUAGCCCUUGAAAAAAGAAAGUCCAAAGCUUCAUGUUCACACUAGGUGGAAAAAAUGUCUUUUCAUUAACUUUAAUGAACUAUUGUUUCUGCUCAGAUUUUUCUAAUUUGAUUAUUUACGAAAUUAUGUUUUGCACACUUUUUGAACAACUUUUAUGAAAAUACGACCAUAGCCGUAUGAUGGUAUUUAUGUGAUGACAUGUGCCUUAUUGUUACACGCUGAUUUAAUAUGUGUAACUUAUGACAUCUUUGGUAAUGAAAUCCAGAUUAAAUGAGAAGAAUAUUACUGUGAAAAAAUGGAAUGUAUAUUUAUCUUGAAAAUUCAAAUGAAUAUUGACUGGAAUACUUGCAUAGAAUGAAUUUCCAGAGAGUUGACCUACGUUUUUAGUGUGGAAUAUACAAAAUGCAACAUAUAAUUAUAUAUAAUCAAAGAGAAGUAUUUUACACUGCUUGUUUUUGUUUGUUUACAAAUUUAUGAGACAGUUCAUAAGUUUCACAUUAGUUGAAUAAAUCUGGUUUGUCUGUAGACUAAAGCUAGGAUAUAGAUUUAAAUUUGGCAAGGUUUUAUAUGUGAAGUGCAGUUACCAAUGACACAUUAGGUAUUCCCUUUGAGGUAUAAUUCUGAUUCCUGGACUCACUAACGCACUGAUUUUGAAGCCGCCAAGAAUAUAUUAUUUUCGGCUUGAAAAUGUACUGUAACUAGUGG